UACCAUUCCAAGAUCUAGGGCCAUUAAAUCAUUAAUAUCCAGUACUAAUGUUUUGUUAAUCGAUCUUUGAAAUUCAUUGCGUAUCAUAGAGACGCUGCUUUGAUUCAUAAAUCAUCGUCGUGUUCAUCGUCGGACUCGUAUUAACUCUAUAUCACUCAUCGGUAGUACUGCAGUAGCUCGAGAUAAUUCAGGGGAGUUUUCGGAGGCAGUAUGGAUCGUCACUCUCAUCAAAAACCACAACCUGUUACAUGUCUAAAUGCUCAUUAAGGUCUUCCAAUGAGCGAUUGCAGUGGCUAGUUAAGAGCGAAAAUCAGAAAGAGGAAGAAGGUGAAGCGCAGGCUGUGAUAAUUGGUGGUAUGGUGUUAGACAUACACGCCAUUCCUUCUAUUCCUCCAAACCCUAGAACCACCGUUCCUGGCAAGGUGCGAUAUGCAGCAGGAGGUGUAGCAAGGAACAUUGCCGAAUGUGUAUCAAAGCUUGGAACAAAGCCUUUCAUGAUAAGCGCAUUAGGAUCGGACAUCGCAGGAAAUAUGCUGUUAGAGUACUGGAAAUCUACAGGAUUAUCAACAGAAGGUAUUCGAAUGGGCAAUGAGAUACAGACUCCAGUUGUAUCCAUUGUCUUUGAUACUGAAGGAGAAUCUGCAGCUGCUGUUGCAAGUGUUGAAUCUCUUGAACAAUUUCUUACACCCAAAUGGAUUCAACAAUUUAAAUCAAAUAUUUCAUCUGCUCCUAUUGUCAUGGUUGAUGCAAACUUAAGUCCAUUAGCUCUUGAAGCAUCUUGUCAAUUGGCAGCAGAGGUGGGUACCCCAGUGUGGUUUGAGCCUGUAUCUGUAGCCAAGUCAAGAAGAAUUGUUUCAGUUGCCAAGUAUAUAACCUUCACUUCACCUAAUGAAGAUGAAUUAAUUGCUAUGGCAAAUGCUCUAUCUCCCAAACACACCUUCUCCCCAAUUCAAAAAGAAGCCUCCACAAUAACCUCUCUAUUCCAACAACUAAAACCAGCAAUCUCAAUUUUGUUAGAAAAAGGCAUCAAAGUAGUCAUUCUAACCCUUGGAUCAAAAGGCGUAUUAUUAUGUUCCAAAAAACACUUCAAUUUCCUUCAUUCUAUUUGCCCAAAAAGAAACAACAAUAACAAAAGGUUGCAAGAAGCUAUAAAUCUAGUCUGCCCGGUGGGCCGGUUUUCCGGCGGUGGUGGUGGAGGUGUGGUCCAUUUUCCGGCGGUGUCAUUGGCGGCAGUUGUGAGGUUGACCGGAGCUGGGGAUUGUUUGGUGGGUGGUGUGGUGGCGUCUGUUUGUGGUGGUUUGGAUUUAAUGCAAAGUGUUGCAGUUGGAAUUGCAACUGCUAAAGCUGCUGUUGAAGUGGAGACCAAUGUGCCUCUUCAAUUUGAUUUCGACCAUAUUGCAGAGGAUGCAAGAUCGGUGUACUUGGGUGCAAAGGUUGUUUUUUCUCAGUCUAUGUUGUAAGACCAUAUAUAAUUUCCAACGUUGAAUGAAGAAGGUUCUAGAAGCUUCUAAUGUUUUGGAAUAUUCCAAACUUUAUGUAUUGUUAUCAAGAUAAUAAAAUAAUAGUGUCAUGUAUUGUUACUAAAA